GAAACCCCUGAUGUGUCUCAGAGCUGUCCGCCAUAGUUCUUUUCAGAGAUUUGGUAGUUACACAAGCGGCAAUACGGGCGACGGUUAAUUCGGAUUUUUUUCCCCUUAAAAAUAGGACGUUAAUGCAGUAUUUUCUUUUUGGGAUUAUAAUUAAAAAUUGUGGGUUACUUCGGGGAGGGAUGUGUUUAAGGUUUUGAUGUAAGGCGGAUGCGACGUUUUUGGUAGACGGCCUUUUUUGUUUUGGUGAGAGGGGAAAGGGAGGCCAUUUUAGGCCGCUCUUCCCCCUGUUUUCUCUCCUUUGUCACAUUUCAGCUCCUUAAGCUUUUCACCCUCCGCCAUUACCUGCGCGGACGCGGACACGACGGAUUUCUAGAGGAGUACCGAGGACUUGCUUAAAUUGCUCGACUGGACCGUGCUACGUUCUGGGGAGGGAGAAAGAGACUGAUUUUGAAGUCACGGACGCUGAGGGGAGGCCGACAUUAGCCGCCAUCGCGGUUCGGACUCUCUGGCUACCCUCUCCUCCUCUCUUUUCAGUUUCGUUGAUUCUUGGUGUCGUUUGGACCCAACUGGACUCUUUUUCUGCCAAGGAUCUGGAAGACCGUUCGCGGCUUUGAUCACUUUACACUGACGGACUGCAGUUGUGGAAGUUUUAUUUGAGACUAUGUCAUUUAAUAUUGGUUGACUUUUUAUUGGUGUGAAUGUAGUUUGAUGAUUCCCCCGCCACCUUUCCUUCCCACUUCGAUUAAUUAAGAGAAGAACAUUUUACUCCUGCUGACUCAUGUUGAAACAUCUACAUUUAUAAUGGUUAUCCAUAAUAACUAGCCAGCUAGCGGUUGUUGGCAAAACGCAGGUUGAGUAAUCGCGGUGCAUUCUCUAGGGUUUGAUUGUACAUUGGAUUUUCCCCUUGUUAGGCCAAUUCAGCUAGUGUAUUCUGGUUACACGAUGUCUUGUGUGCAUUAUAAAUUCUCAUCUAAACUGAAUUAUGACACGGUCACGUUUGAUGGGCUGCACAUUACGCUCAGUGACCUAAAGCGACAGAUAAUGGGUCGCGAAAAACUCAAAGCCGCCGACUGCGAUUUGCAGAUAACCAACGCCCAGACUAAAGAGGAGUACACUGAUGAUGGAGCGCUCAUUCCAAAAAACUCCUCAGUCAUCAUCAGAAGAAUUCCCAUUGGUGGAGUCAAGUCCACAAGCAAAACAUAUGUCAUUGACCGCUCUGAACCUUCAAGUGGACCUUCUAAAGCAAUCGAUGAUUCUGCUGCUUCAAUUACACUGGCCCAGCUGUCUAAGACCGCCAACCUCGCUGAGGCCAAUGCUUCUGAAGAAGAUAAAAUUAGAGCUAUGAUGUCACAGUCUAAUCACGAAUAUGAUCCUGUUCAUUACAUGAAGAAAAUGGUGGGACCGCCACCUCCAAACUAUACCUGCUUCCGCUGUGGGAAAAAUGGACACUACAUACGAAACUGUCCAACCAAUGGGGACAAGAGCUUUGAGGCACCACAGCGUAUCAAGAAGAGCACCGGGAUCCCACGGAGCUUUAUGAUGGAGGUGGAUGACCCCAGCAUGAAAGGAGCCAUGUUAACUAACACUGGCAGAUACGCCAUUCCCACCAUUGAUGCAGAGGCCUAUGCCAUCGGCAAGAAGGAGAAGCCGCCGUUCUUGCCGCCAGAACAGUCAUCAUCCUCGGAGGAGGAGGACCCUGUGCCGGAUGAACUGCUGUGCCUGAUCUGCAAAGACCUGAUGACUGACGCGGUGGUCAUCCCCUGCUGCGGGAACAGCUACUGUGACGACUGUAUCAGAACAUGUCUCCUAGAAUCUGAAGAGCAUGUGUGUCCCACCUGCCACCAAUCUGAUGUUUCUCCUGAUGCUUUAAUUGCUAACAAGUUCCUGCGACAGGCUGUUAAUAACUUCAAAAACGAGACUGGCUACACCAAACGGAUGCGCAAGGCUCCGGCCCAACCGGCGGCACCCGUGGUCCCACCCCAGCCGAGGGUUCAGCGGCCCGUCCAGCCAAUAAGGCCCCCCACGUCCCGGCAGCAAGAUCCGUUACUGGCUAACGUUCCCCGACCCACGGCAACGGUCACCCCUCCCCCGGCAACCCCUGCAGUGAGUGCACCAGGGACACACGCGGCCCCCACCCCGCCCACUGCUGCAGCUAGCACCCCCUCCAUGCAGACUGGUGCUGUGGCAGGUGUGCCGGGUUACAGCACUGCCUCUCCCUCCCCCCAGAGGUCCAUCAAGCAGGAGGAGCCUGUGCUCUCCAAGGAGCUUGAGAAUGUCCCAUCAGCACCCCCGGUAAUGGUGUCAGCUGACCCACCGUUGACAGCCCCUGUCAUUCCAAAGCAGGGAUUUCACGUGCCAGUGAUGGAUCAACCGCACUCCCUUGGCCAUUCCAUCCCCAGAACAGGACCGCUAAUUCGACCCAACCUACCCAGGCCCAGCAGACCUGCCUGGGACACGACUGCAGGCAGAGGGCGCUCUCAUUCUGACCGUCCUCAGCGGCUGCAGGCACCCCUCCCAGUGCCGCCCCCAGUCUACAUGCCUACCCCCUCCCUCUUUGCUCCACCGCCACAUGCCAUGCCCCAGCCGCCUGGUCUGGCCCCGCAGCCAUACCCCCUGCAGUACCCAACAGGGCAGCCACCUGCCACCAACUACAAUGUGCCACCGCCCGUCUACCCACCAGCCCCGGCUACGGUGUCCACCCAAUGGGUGCCCCCUGGGGCCCAGCCCCCCAUCGGCAACCCCAUACCCCAACUUGGGCCAGCACCUUUCCUGUCCAAGGAAGAGUUCUACAGGCAGCAACGCAGGUUGAAGGAAGAUUCGCACUGUCAAUUCAUUGCCAGGGAGAAGUCUAAGCUUGAGGAAUUCACCAAUGAUUUUGCCAAAGAAUUACUGGCGUACAGGAAGAUUCAGAAACAACGGCGCUCGUAUUCUAGAUCAAAGUCUCCCUAUAGAGGGUCAUCAUACAGCGAGAGCUCCUACUCCUACUCUAAAUCACGAUCCAGGUCCCGGUCCCCUCGCUCCUACUCCCGUUCCCUGAGCCGUUCCAGGUCCCGGUCUCGCUCCAGGUCCCGGUCCCGGUCCUACUCCCGGUCCCCAUAUGGUCGGCGUGGAGGUCGAGGCCGCAGCCGCAGCUACCGUUCCAGGUCCCGCUCCCAUGGCUACCACCGCUCCCGCACUCGUUCCCCAUCCUACAGGGGACGAGACGGUGGCAGCACGAGUGCAGGGGCUUACCGUUCACGGUCACGCUCGCCGGCAGCUUACAGGAGUCACACCCCGCCAAAGAAGCCCAUGCCUCUUCUGCAGCUUGAUGGAGAUCGCAAGUAUGCGAACCGCUACCGGGAACCUCCUCCAUAUGAUGCCAAGGCAUAUUAUGGCCGCAACAUUGACCAGGGAGAUCCAUUUGAGAGGGAGAGGUACAGGGAAUGGGAGAGGGAGUAUCGGGAAUGGUAUGAGAAAUACUUCAAGAACUACAGCAAUCCACCUGGCAACAUGUCUCGAGGGAGGGCCCCACCAGCGGGCAGAGAACCGUUCACUCCAGAACGGUUUGCCCCACCACGGCCCAGGGAGAACUCGCCGUAUGGACGUGGGAGAAGGGAAGAGUACUCUGCUCCCGGCCAGAGCCAUAGCUUACUCCCAAGAGGCCGUCAUGGGCCACAGGCCUACCAGGACAAAUUUCCAUUUAAGGAGGGACACGGCAUUGGAGGUGUAGGCAAUGCAGGGAAAGAGCCACAGAAGGGUCCCAAAGAUAGAGAGCCUAGCGGGAGUGGCCCUGGAGAUCCCAAAGGCUUGAAGCACAAGAAGCACCGGAAAAAGAGGAAAGGAGAGGAGGGAGAUUCCUUCAGUCACUCGGAUUCCAUGGAUGAUGGGAGGAAGGAGGACCGGAAGGGCGAUGGGAUGCUGAUGGCCUCCAGUCGUGAUGAUGCUACACCCGUUAGGGAUGAGCCCAUGGAGAGCCCAACCGUGCCCUACAAGGCUACCUCAGACAAAGAUCGCAGGGAAAAAGUCAAAGGUAAAAGUGAGAAGCUGAAGCGGAAACCAGAGGCAAAUACCCCUAAGAAGGAGUCAUCUAUGAAGACCUCGAAGUCCUGCAGGGAGAAAGAAGCAGACCUGGAUCGUGAAAAGUCACCCCGCUGUGAGCCAGCAGUCAAAAGGGCAAAGGACGACUUCUCUCAGAAAGUGGAUUCUGGCAAGCAGCACACAUCACAGAGAGAGGAAAAGGCUCCACCAACCCGAAGGGUGGUACAAAAGCCCACGAAACAUAGCCAGGAGCCCAAGCCUGCAAAAGAAGAGCCAAAAGUGAAGAAAGAGCAUGUGAAGGAGGCUCCCAGGCAUGACAAAGCCCCCACCAAGGACGAGAAGCCCAAGACAGAGACUGAGAAGAGCAUCAAGAGCGAGGAUAAGCCGGCCAACAAAACCACCGAAGCCAAACCUGAGAAAAGGAAACGAAAAGAGGAGAAAGCUCCGGAGAAGGACCCAGAUGGCGCUCUGGUCAAAUCACCCAAAGUUGAAGCGACUGAGGUAGCAAAAGGAUCCCCAAAACCCAAACCCAAGCCUGAGGGUGAAAAGCCUGCAGAGAAAGACAGACCAGCUAUUCGACCUCUGAUGGAGAAGGAGGUAAAGCCUGUGCCUCUGAGGAAGAUCAAGAUUAACCGUGAGAUUGGCAAGAAGAUAGGGAGUACGGACAGUGCACCUAUUGUAGAAGAAUCUGCUGAUGGUGCUGGAAAGAGCAGACCUGAGAAGACAAAGGGCAAGAUCCGUAGGAAAAUACCAGCUCCUGAUGGCUCCAGCUUGUUGGUAGAUUAUACCAGUACAAGUUCCACAGGGGGAAGUCCAAUCAAGAAGGUCGAGGAGAAGCAGGACCUGAAGAAAACCGUGGUGAAAACCCUAGAGGAGUAUACUAAUGACAGCUCCACUCCCGCAGAAGAUGAGAUAGUCAUGAUCCAAGUUCCUCGCUCCAAAUGGGAAAAGGAAGAUUAUGAAUCUGAGGAUGAGGAGGCCAAGGCAUCCUUGCCCCCGGGGAAGGACAACUCCACACCUGCCCCCGCUGCACCUGAAAGCACAGUUGUGAGAGCCAAUGACAAGAACUCACCGCAAACAGAACGAGUUACCCCUGCUGCUAAGGAAACUGUGAAGGUUGAAGUUGUGACAGAAACUAAGCCUGCAAAGGUCUCCCCUCCAAAUGACAAAGAGAGGGAUAAAGAGAAGGAGUGGGAGAGAGAACGAGAGAAGGGGAGGGAGCGGGAGCGGAGCGCUGCAGAGAGGGAGCGGAGCGCUGCAGAGAGGGAGCGGAGCGCUGCAGAGAGGGAGCGGAGCGCUGCAGAGAGGGAGCGGAGCACAGCAGAGAGGGAGCGGAGCACAGCAGAGAGGGAGCGGAGCGCUGCAGAGAGGGAGCGGAGCGCUGCAGAGAGGGAGUCUGCAGAUAAGAGAAAACCUGCGGUCCUGAGCACAGACAGAGAGAGGAACAGAGAGAAAGAGGGAGAACGUGGCGGCGACCAUGGUAGUGAUAGGAGCAGCUCCUCUGCUUCUCACUCCUCUAGGGACAGGCCAGCAGACAAAGCUGAUGCAACAUCACGGAAGCCUGGCAGUAAGGAAGGUAGCUCUGCAAGCUCUGACAGGAGACCAGAGCACAGGCCAAGCCAAAGGGACCACUCUUCAUCAAAACCCAAAGACAGCAAACCCAGGGAACCUGCCAAAAGGCGGGAGUCCCCACAACCCUCAAAGGAGCACAACCAGCCUCCCCGUAAUAGAGAGAGAGAUAGAGAGAGGGAUACAGAUGUGGCAAAGAGGGGGUCGGGGGGGUCUGGGCCCUCAGAGUCCCGGAGGUCAGAGCACAGCCCCAGCCGGGAAAAGAGGCCGUCUCAGAGUGCCCCAGAGCCACCAAGACAAGGACAAGAAUCUGAACCUCGGAAGGCUGAGAGGUCAUCUGGCAAAGAAGGGCAGAGCAACAGGCACCAGGACACAAGGGAGACUAGAGAUGUAAGGGACAGUAAGGACACAAGGGAGACAAGGGACUCCAGAGACAAGGAGCACAGCUCCCACAAGCCCCCCCAUAGGGCCAGCUCCCCUGAACCCAGGACUGAGACGGAUCGGGCUGGAGGCCGUGUCGAGCGUGACCACAGCAAAGCCAAGCCUCCCUCAGUCCGGUCCACACGGCUUUCCUCCGACCUGGCCCGCGAGACAGACGAGGCAGCCUUCGUCCCCGACUACAGUGAGAGUGACAGCGAAGCCUCAGAUGCCGAUGGACGAGCAGAGCAGAGGGCCAGGGACCGGGGCCCGGACAGCAGCCCGAGUGCCAGUGCCAGCCCCUCCCCUUCAGGAAGCCAUGCCCGCAGCAGCAGCGCCAGCUCCGGCGGCAGCCAGGACAGCAAGAAGAAGCGUAAGGACAAAAAGGACAAGAAGGACAAGAAGAAGCACAAGAAGCACAAGAAACACAAAAAACACAAGAAGCACACCAGCAAUGAGUCUGAGACUGAGCAGAAGGGCCAGAAACACAAGCAUAAGAAAAAGAAGUCAAAAAAGAACAAGGAGAAGGACAAAGACGAGAAGGAGAAAGAGAAAGAGAAAGAUGACCAAAAAUAAAAGGGUCUGUUUGAGAUCUCAGACGCUGCAGUUGACUUAAUUUACUCAAGUCAUUUUUUGUAACAAUGUCAGUAUUGUACAGGAAAUACAAUUUUGUAAAUACAGAUGGUAAGAAGACUGCAUGUAAAGAUAAUACUGCUGUUUUUUUCCCCUCCUGCAAUAAUUUUGUCUUCUGAGGUUUCUAAUGCAAUUCUGUAUAAAGGUAUUGAUUUGACCAUGAAAUUAUCCGCAGCAUUGCUGAGAGAUUAGCUACUUGAAAAGGUGAAAGUGACAACUUGUUUUGUAUGUCGAUCGACAUUUGAAGGACAAGGGUCUAGAGAAUCCUUAGUCUACUUUUUAAACACCAUAAAUUUAAAUCUAGGAGUACCGACUUUAAUAAGCAGGCGUUCGGUAAAAGCAUUGUACAGUGAAAGCACUUUAUAGAUGUGAAAUUUGCUGCAUAGCUUUCCGGAAGCGAUGUCGUUACGUACCUCAUUCUGUCUAGGUGUGCGAGUAUAUUUGUAGCCUGAAAGUACAGCAAUUACUGGUAGAACUGGAGCGUCUUGUUGAAGAGCGGCAUGGUGAUACAUGGAGUCUUUUUGUGGGAUUAAUUGUGACUGUGAAUAUUUUCUUUAACGUUUAUUUUAUUUUUUUGCAUUGCCUUCACGUUUAAUUUAAAAUUCAUGCUGAAUACUGCGGAGGGGAAACCUUUGUUUUGAAGACAAUAAACGUUUUUCAGCAAAACAUGAAACAUUC